AUGUCUUGUCCGAUAGUAUCAUCUGCCGCCCGCCGGCUAACACGAACACCGUCUCGCCCGGUAAUCUCUGCCCUCUCGCCGUCGAGACCGGCUUGGAGCACCUUCUCCGCACGCUUUUGCGACUCGGCCUCCCCCCGGCCACUUCUGCCUCAGAUCGUAUCACAGAAGACCCAGAUCUCUCGAAAUGUCUCCUUGCGGAAUGCUACUCCCUUCCUCACGCCCCGUCACCGUCGCGCUUUUUCCGCCUCGACUGUCCACCGAGCGACCCAGGCGACGCUUAACCCGAGAACCGGCGAAGAUGGCAAUACAUUGAUGGUGGAAAUCUCGCCUCGUGCUGCAGAGCGCCUCCGCGAAAUCACCGACCCGUCCUCCUCCCCAUCCGCCACCAAAGAGGAGAACCCGUACCACCAUCUCCGAAUCACCGUGACGAGCGGCGGCUGCCACGGCUUCCAAUACAUGAUGUCGCUCGAGGCGGCCUCGAAGAUCGACCCCGAGGAAGACACCGUCUUCGAGGCCGAGUACACGCCCGAGGAGGGAUCGCCUCAAGGACCCGGCGACGCCAAGGUCGUUAUGGACGAGCCCUCGCUGGAACUGCUGUCCGGGAGUAAGGUCGACUAUACGAUGGAGUUGAUCGGUAGCCAGUUCAAGAUUGUGGAUAAUCCUCGCGCGACGAGUAACUGUGGUUGUGGGACGAGUUUUGAUGUUAGUGAUUAA